AUGGCAAGCGAAUGGGAAGAAAUUCGACGUCUUGCAGCUGAUUUCCAGAGAGCUCAGUUUGCCGAUACUGCGCUGCGCUUGUCGGAGAGGGAUUGCAUCGAAAUCAUUGCGAGACUUCUCCAAGACAAGAAAGUGGAGGUGGUGCACACGAUCGACGGCAAAGAGUACGUCACCCCAGCGCAGAUCAGCAGAGAAAUCCGAGAGGAGCUUGAGCGCCACGGAGGCCGGGUGAACAUUUUGGAGCUCCAGCAGAUGAUCAACGUCAAUUGGGUCGACGUCGAAACUCGAGCGAGUGACAUUGCCAAGUCCGACAGAAGUGUCCAGCUGGUGCUCGGACAACUUAUCGAUGACACCUACCUGAACCGCGUGGCCGAGGAAGUCAACGAUCGACUCCAAGAAGCGGGCUUGAUCGGCAUUUCGGAGCUUUGCAAGAGCUACGACCUACCGGGGGAUUUCCUUCACGACGAGCUCGCCAAGCGCAUCGGGAAAGUCAUCCAAGGGGAAUUGGACCUGUACAGUCGGGGCGUCAUCUUCACGCCCGCCUAUGUGGCCCGCCACACGGCCAAGAUAAGAGGGCUGUUCAGCGCCAUCACCCGGCCGACGCCCGUCAGCGGCUUGCUCGGCGCCUUUGGCCUCCAGGAGCAUCUCCUGAACGGCGUCCUGGAGGAGCUUUUGACCAGCGGACGCCUGAGAGGAACCGUUGUGGGAGGGCGGCAGGACAACGCCGUCUACAUCCCCGAAAUCUACUCCAAAACGCAGAAUGAUUGGGUGGACGCUUUCCUCCAACAGAACGGCUACUUGGAGUUUGAUUCGUUGAGCCGUCUGGGCAUCCCCGAGCCCGUCGGCCACAUCAAGAAGCGCUUCAAGGACCGCAAGCUCCUUUUUCUGGGCGCCGCCUGCGUGAGCCAGGCUCUGGUGGAGCAGGCGGAGGCCGAGGCCGAGGAGGCCGUCCACUCGGCCACCUGGAGCGACAUGCGAGGCGUCCUGCCCAGCUGCCUGUCGGACGAGGACGCGGCGGCCGUCAUCGAGCAGGCCAUGAGGAACGCCGGCGUGCAAGCGGCCGCCGUGCUCCUGGCGGGCACGGUCGUGGUCAGCCAAAAAUGGAUCGGCGAGUGCCUCGCUCUCUUCGACCGCUCCGUCCAGGAGCGGGCCCAGAAGGAGUUCAAGAGGAACCCCGUCCUGCUGAUCACCGAAGAGGAUGCCAAGCGAGCCGCCCUUGCCGAAAACGCCAGCGGAGCGAGCAAAAAGGACAAGCGGGAGGUGGAGCGCAAGGGCAAAGGCGCGGCGGCGGAGCCAGCCAAAGCGGGCGGAGGGGGCAACGCCAGAGAGAUCCGAACCCGGAAAACCAAGAAGAAAGGCAAGCGAGAGGAAGACGAGGAUGAAAGCCCGGCUCCUCCCAAGAAGCAGGAGGAAGCCCCCUUCAUGACGCCGGGGCAAAUCGAAGCGGCGCUGGAGGAGCGCCUGAGCGGCGGCGGCGGCGGCGGCGACUUUCCGCAAGAAAUCCUGCCCGAGCUGGCCCAGCAAUUGGUGCGGCCUUUGAGCAAACGCUACCAGGAAGCGCUGCGGCACUUGGCGGCGUCCAGCGCCUGCCCGCUGGCGCCGGGCGCCAACAGGAAGUCCGUCAAGGAUCUGCAGGAGGAGCUCACCAACCUGUACAACAACGUCAGGCUCUUUGACAAAGGCGCCAAGUUGUUCUCCGAGGAAACCCAGGCGCUGGUCGCCAAGCACGUCCUCAAAAGCGUGGGCAGCCGCGCCGCCAACAUCCUGGUCAACUUCCUGGCCGCCGACCUGAUGAUGUCCGUGGAGGAGCCCGCCGCCAUGAGCGCCGAGCUCCGCGCCAAGAUUUUGUCCAAAGUGUCGGACGAGAGCAAAGCGCCCCUGAUGAAGCUGCACAACAGCCUGAGCGCGAAAAGCACGGCGGACUUUCUGGACAACUUGGAGAGCGCGGCGGAGGCGUGCGGCUUCCUGCUCAAGAAGGCCGACAAGAAAAAAGAGCGAGCGGCCUUCCUGCUGCAUCGCCGCACUCUGGCCGAGCAGCUGGAAGAGGCCCGGGACCCCGCCCUGGUCCUCCACCUGACGGGCGCGCUGCUCUUCCAGGACAGCACGCACUGCAUCCUGCACGCUCCGGGCCGCUGCGUGCCUCAAAUCGUCCAGGUCCUGGCGGGCCGCAUCCCCCCGGAGAAGCACGCCCUGCUCACCCUCUAUCAGAGCCUGGUGGUGAAGCAGCUGACCGGCCGGAGUCAAGGACGAGCGGGCGACGACCCGGACCGGGCCCCCUUGGAGGCCGAUGACCAGGCCCGCUUGGAGGAUCUGACUCCGCAAGUCAAGGAGCUGGUGCUUUCCAACAAUGAAUGACGCCGCUCGGGCGGGGACGCCUUUUGGAAGCGGAGCGGAGCGGCCGCUCGGGCGUCCGGUGCGACCACGGCUCCCCCAACGUCUGCUGUCCGCAGGCCGGCCGGCCGGGAGGGAACUCCAAACAAUGACAGAACGGACAAAGUUGUUUUCAUUGAUUGAAGUUGCAAGUUGAAUAGCGGCCGGCCAGCCAGCCAGCCAGCCAGCCAAGGUCAGCCAGCCAGCCAGCCAGCCAGCCAAGGUCAGCCAGCCAGCCAGCCAGCAGGUGUCUUUGAGAGCUUUUUUUUUUUUUUUUGUCAAGCUGCUGCAAUUGUUUUGUUUUUGACUCUCAAAGCAAGCACAAGUGCUUUGGAUGGAAAACAUUCACAAUUGGACCGAGAUGCCAUCGACAAGAGUUGUUUGCAUUCGGGCACCCAGUGGACGAAAAUACAGUGACCAGUGCCGGUGAAGGAGUGGAAAAUGCAGCAAGUUUGUCAUUUAUUGAAAAGAUGGCUUGAAAAUGUCACCAUUUGGUGUGAAUAAAACCGAGCAAAGAAAAAGAAAAAGAAAAAAAAAAGCUGUUGUGUACUUUUUGACAAAAACCAUUUCAUUCACAUGGGAAUUUU